CGGGGCAUCGUAAAAUGACACACCACAGUUAACCGGAUAGUUCAAGCACCGCGUCAGCUCCGAGGAUUACACCGGGUCCGAUGAGUCAAUCCCCGAACAGCGCUAGCGCCGACUUGCGGCAGCGCGGUGGCGGCUCGCAGUCCCCAGAUGGAGUCCAGACGGCGCAGGCUGGCAGCAGCCUUCUCCCAACCACCCUUCUCGACGCCAUCUCGGACCAGUCGACGCUGCGCAGUCGGUUGAGCGGCAGCACUGCCUUGCUCUCGAAACUUCCGUCCAAGCUCCACGUCGGCGACAGCAUUCCAUACUCGUCGCUCAGCCUCAACGUAUCUGUGGACGACCUCCACACGCCGACACAAUCUUCGUCGUCCACCACCGGCGGCUUUGGCACCCCUUCGUCGUCGCACAUGUCCAUGUCGUUGCCGGAACUCAUGUCCACCAUCACGCGACCCAUGGAGCGUCUGGCAUUUGAAGUCAAGGGCGCGCUCCUCGCCACGGGGCUGGCGGCGACAUGCUAUUUACUGAACUGGUUCAAGGUCGUCCUGGUCCCGUUCUUCCUCGCCAUCUUCCUCAUGUACCUCGUGGAUCCGCUCGUGGAAAUGAUCGACGUGUCGCCGCGGUACUUUUUGUGCAUUUGCACUUCCCGAGGGCGCCAUUCCCGCCGGCGAUCUCGCGGCUGCUCCCGCGCGUUCGCGUCGCUCUGCGCCGUGUCGGUCGUGUGCACGUUCUUCGGCCUCCUCGGGUACAUCACAGUGCUGUCAGUGCACGCACUCGACGUGGGCGCGUACCAGAAGGGGUACAAUGCGCUCGUGGCGUCCAUCGAGAACAUUUCCAAGCAGGUCGGCCUGCCCAUGAACAUCACAGUCACACUGCACGAAAACGUCGACAAGGUCGCGACGCUCGUGCUCACCGAGAUGAUGGACCUGUUCUCGACGCUGUUUGUGACGAUGAUCUACCUCACGUACUUCCUCUCGACGCGGGUGCGCGCCAGCGACGCCGGUACGUCUUAUGUAUAUGUUGUUCUAUUUGUCCAAUAUGAUUGGAAAAAGAUUGUUUCAAGUUUCAACAUUUACCACCGAAAAUCCAAGGGUUUCUAUGUGAAGAUUAAUUUUUAUUUUUUAUUUUUUCUUGUUUAUUUCUAUAAUUUUGUUUCAAAUGUCCAUGUGUUGUACGAAAUCGACAAACCUGUGAAAUAUGAUACAUAUCACAGUUUCAGAGGUGUAGUAUCUUCAUGAUUCGUUUGAGCCAAUCAUAUAGAAACCUUGAUUCGUUUUUCAUCCAAUCAUACUGCUUGAUCGAUUUCAACCACAAAAAGAUUGGCAAAAGCAGAGUUAAUACAAUCUAUGUGAACAUUUAUUUGUUUUUGUUUGUGAAAAUGUGAGGUAUUUUUUUGCUUGGACUUUUGAUGGCAAGAGUCAUCAUGUACAGUCCUCUUGGGUCUUCUACCAUACCUUCCUCGGUUUGGUUGAUAUGACGACAGACACGUAUGUCAUACCUGUUAGGGGGUGUGUGGGCCAAAAUUGACCACGACAUCCAGCGCUUUGUCACUCUCAAGUGCUACCUCAGUCUCCUCGUGGCGCUACUGGUGACGAUCGCGUACGUGUCGCUCAACGUGGGACUGGCCAUCCUCUGGGGCAUUCUCACGUUCAUCAUGAACUGGAUCCCGAACGUCGGCGCUAUGAUCGCAUCGCUCGCCCCGCUGUGCAUUAUCCUCAUCUCCCCCGACGAGAUUAUGACCCCCAUGGACAAGUUCCUGGCACUCGUCCUUCCCGGCGUGUUUCACUUGUUUGUGGGCAACUUUGUCGAGCCCAAGAUUCUUGGCCAGAAGCUCGAGAUGUCGCCCGUGGUCGUGAUCAUCAGCUUGUCGGCGUGGGGGUUGCUGUGGAGCAUCGUCGGCAUGAUGCUGUCGGUGCCACUAACUGCGUCGUUCAAGAUCAUGCUGUCGCAUUUGAAAAUGUGGCCAGAACUGGUCGCGUUGCUCGAUGGCACGUACUUUAUCCGCAACCACCACCAUGACAAGAAGAAACGGAGGGACGAAGACGCCGAUCGUGUUGAUGAUCUCCACGGCGGCGACCACGAACAGACGUACCAAGCCAAGGACCUCCGCACAGACAUUCAAGUCUCGGACGACAGCGACCACCACUUGAUCGCAUAAGUUAAUAACCCAGCAUCGCCUUGUAGUAUUGAGUCGACGGAAGAAGGAUGAGGUUGAACGCCCAUGCAUGUGUAUGUGAGGAUGUUGUUCCUUGUGGAGGAUCCCGAGUCGUCCCAACCUCCUUGCUUCACUCCGAUCAUUC